AUGAAUGCCACAGAUGUCACAGACACCACACAGGAUGAAGCCGCAUACAAUAGUUACUACUUCGACGAGAGCUUGCCAAAGCCUUGCACCAAGGAAGGCAUCAAGGCGUUCGGCGAGGUCUUCCUGCCUCCUCUCUACUCCUUGGUCUUUUUGUUGGGUCUGUUUGGGAAUUCUGUUGUGGUUCUGGUGCUGUUCAAAUACAAGAGGCUCAAGUCCAUGACUGACGUGUACCUGCUGAACCUGGCCAUCUCGGAUUUACUGUUUGUGCUGUCUCUCCCGUUCUGGGGCUACUAUGCUGCUGACCAGUGGGUUUUUGGGCUAGGUCUGUGUAAGAUUGUCUCAUGGAUGUACCUGGUGGGCUUCUACAGCGGGAUCUUCUUCAUCAUGCUCAUGAGUAUAGACAGAUACCUGGCCAUCGUGCACGCAGUGUUUUCCUUGAGAGCGAGGACUCUGACCUAUGGGGUCAUCACCAGCCUCAUCACAUGGUCUGUGGCUGUGUUUGCCUCCCUACCAGGCCUCUUGUUCAGCACUUGCGACACAGAGAACAACCACACAUACUGCAAAACCCAGUACUCGGUCAACUCGACCACAUGGAAAGUCCUCAGCUCCCUGGAGAUCAAUGUCUUGGGGCUGGUCAUCCCCCUGGGGAUCAUGUUGUUCUGCUAUUCCAUGAUCAUCAGGACCCUGAGACACUGUAAGAAUGAGAAGAAGAACAGAGCAGUUCGGAUGAUCUUCGCCGUGGUGGUCCUCUUCCUCGGCUUCUGGACGCCGUACAACGUGGUGCUUUUCCUGGAGACCUUGGUGGAGCUCGAAGUCCUUCAGGACUGUACCUUGGAGAGGUACCUAGACUAUGCCAUCCAGGCCACAGAAACCCUGGCCUUCAUUCACUGCUGCCUUAACCCUGUCAUUUAUUUCUUCCUCGGGGAGAAAUUCCGCAAGUACAUCGCUCAACUCUUCAGAACGUGCCGGGGUCCUCUUGUGCUCUGCCAACACUGUGACUUCCUUCAGCUCUCCUCGGCCGACACUUCCAGCUCCUCUUACACUCAGUCCACUGUGGAUCAUGACUUCCGUGACGCUUUGUAA